AUGGCUGCUGUGCGCAAGAUGGCCCAGGCGGCCUUUAGCACGACUUUGCGUGGUGCGGGCGCGCGUCGAACGCUGCUUCCAGCGCGGGGAGCCCGUCGCUUUGCCAGCACCGAGGGUGAUGCGAGCCAAAGCAGCAGUGAGGCCAGCUCCAUGGGCGGCUGGGUCAUGGCUGCCAUGGGCAUUGCAGGCGUCGGUGGCCCGACCACGCUGGAAGAAGCGCAGCGACCCAUGAACUUGAACGAGGUGCAAAACUACGUCACUCGAGCUACCAAACGCGCACGUCAGCUUUAUCAGGACUUUACUGACCCGGAGCCUGAGCUUCUUCUGCCAGAGCCACUGCCCCCACAAUACCGCCCUACAGAUUACACCAUUGUCCUUGAUUUGGAGGAUACCCUGCUACAUUCUGAGUGGACGUUUGAGCAUGGCUGGCGCACGAAGAAGCGCCCCUUUCUGGCCAACUUCCUGGAAUCGUGUGUCAUGGAGCUGGGCCUCGAGCUGGUUGUCUUUUCCGAGAGCCAGGUGGCGGAAGCCAUGUUGCUGAUCGACAAGAUGGACCCCAAGCAAUGUAUUCAGUACCGCCUCUACAAGCCGCACAUGCGUUACGUCGAUGGCGAGCCCGUGAAGGACUUGGACUGGCUGAAUCGUGACCUCUCCAAGGUGAUUGUGAUUGACGACAAGCCCGAGCAAGUGCGCAAACACAAGGAUAAUGUUCUCCGGGUCCGCCCGUUCAAGGGCACGCCGGAGCAGGCCAACGAUCGCGAGCUGCUGGAUGUUCUGACGUUCUUGGCCAACAUUGUGCAGAGCAGAGUGCCGGAUGUGCGCGACGUGCUCAGGUCGUACGAAGGCGAGGAGAGCGUGGCAGAGGCCUUCCAGGAGCGUCAGCGCCUCCUGUUGCAGCAGCAGCUCCAACAUCAGCAAGCGGUGAACGAACAAAACGCCAAUCAACCUCGUCGCAAGCGCUUCUUCGGCCUCUUGGGUUGA